AUGCCAUCUCACACUCAAACACCCGCCUCGUACGGCUCAUCCUCCAAGAAGCCCGUCUGCUACGCUGGCUCCACUGAAGUCACCCAACCCGAGUCUUCCGGCACGAGUGACAAUAUCAUCCUCGCUCUCUUCAAAGGUUUGAGCGGUGAGGAAUUCGGCCCUGUGUUUGUGGUGACAGCGCUCAAUUUCCUGGCAUUCUGGGCGGGUCUCAUUGAUAGUGGAAAGAUCGCUGUGCUGUUGAAAUUCUUUGUGGGUCUCAUUGAUGGUGGUGACGUAGGCAUCACUAUCCCAGGGGUGCUGCUGGAUUGUUUUGGGAAUUUCUCGACGGGUCAGAUUGUUGGUGCGUUGGUGCUCUGA